GCACACCGGACUCAAGCUGAUUCGGAAGCCCCCGAGGACGAGGAGGAUGACGACGACGACGACGACGAUGACGAUGAUGACGACGACGAUGACCUCGAAAUGUCAGGCGAAGACCUCGAACCAGCUGUGGACGGAGAAGCGGACGAUGAUUCUGGAGACUCGGAUUCUGAUCUUGACUCAGAAGCUUCGCACGAUAAAUCCGCUGCGGCUCUUCACGAUGACGACAACAUGUCAACAGAUGAGGAUGAAGACGACACCAAAUCUAUCAUGUCAGAUGAGGGGUUGACACAGGAUCAACUGCUUGCCAAGUACGCCAACGUACCAGAUCUGCCCACUGUCCAAUCUGUAGAGAUGGACGAUGAUCUCGCCGAUCAAGACACCGAGGAUCCUCAAACACAAGCAGACGCCGGUGACACCAGCGACGAAUCGGUCGACAUGGACGACGAUCUCGGCUCGAGUGACGAUGACAUGGAUAGCGCGUCCGAUGUGGACUCCCCAGUGGACGACGACGACAAUGAGUCUGACGAUAACGAAGACGAUCAAGGCGGUCUGUUGGGCAUGCUGUUUGGCAAAUCUGAGCUGAAGAAGCUGAAGGAGGAAGUACCAGAGCCCACUGUAGACGAGGCUGAGGACGUUGACAUGGCAGAUGCGUCGGCUGCAACUGGAGAUUCGAAGCCAAUUGUCAAUGGAGACACACCGCAUGAGAUUCAGUCAAAUGGCGUUAUCGAACAUCCAACAAUUGGGGAGAGAGGCUCUGACACUUCUGGAGUCGCGCUUCAAUUCGAAAAAUCCGAGACGGACAACAUGGCUGUCGAUGCGCCUCAAGACCCGCAGCAAGGCAACAAGCCUGAUGCCCCAACUGCUGUACCGGCACCUCUACAACCAGAGGAUGUGGAGUCCGAGAUCAAAGAGGCCAUCGACGACAUUUCAAGGGUCGACAAAGCGGCCAAAUAUGAAGAUGGAUCCCCAAUGGCGACCGCUUGCUCUAAAGAGAUGGAGAGCGCGACAGACGAUCUGCCAGAACCUGCAGCCGAACAACCACUUGAAGCGGCCCUCAAAUCCCCCGUAGCCACGUCUGGUGCUGAAGAGGACCUCAAGCCUGCAGCCCCUGUCGCUCAAGAAAGCAGAUCUGCAACGCCAACGACUCUCGUGCCGAAGACUGAGGUGCCAUUUUUGUUACGAGGCACGCUUCGCGAAUACCAGCAUUAUGGUUUAGAUUGGCUCGCGGGCUUGUACAGGAACAAGACGAACGGCAUCCUUGCUGACGAAAUGGGUCUCGGCAAGACGAUCCAGACCAUCUCUCUCUUAGCACAUCUGGCCUGCCACCAUGAAGUGUGGGGUCCACAUCUCGUCAUUGUGCCCACCAGCGUCAUGCUCAAUUGGGAGAUGGAGUUCAAGAAAUGGUGUCCCGGUUUCAAGGUGUUGUCAUACUAUGGCAGCAUUGAAGAACGAAAACGCAAACGUCAAGGGUGGAAGGACAACGACAUGUGGAAUGUAUGCAUCACGUCGUAUCAGAUCGUCCUGCAGGAUCAGCAGGUGUUCAAGCGUCGGCAGUGGCACUAUAUGAUUCUUGAUGAAGCGCACAACAUCAAGAACUUCAAAUCGAAGCGGUGGCAAACGCUGCUAGGAUUCAACACGCAAGCUCGUCUCUUGCUUACGGGAACACCCCUACAGAACAAUCUGACAGAGCUCUGGUCGCUCCUGUUCUUCCUGAUGCCGUCCGAGAACGGCGUUGGCGGUUUUGCCGACCUGUCAGAAUUUCAAGACUGGUUCCACAAGCCAGAGUCCCAGAUUCUGGAAAGCGGCCGGGAGCAGAUGGACGAUGAAGCUCGUGCGAUCAUCGCAAAACUGCACAAAGUCCUACGGCCCUACCUACUGCGUCGACUGAAGGCCGAUGUCGAGAAGCAGAUGCCUGCAAAGUACGAGCAUGUCGAAUUCUGCCGCCUUUCUCGGCGUCAGCGAGAGUUGUAUGAUGGCUUCUUGGCUCGUGCAGAUACGAGGGACGCGCUCUCAUCAGGCAACUACAUAUCCGUUAUCAACUGUUUGAUGCAGCUGCGCAAGGUCUGCAAUCACCCUGACCUCUUCGUGGAGCGACCCAUCAUGACCUCGUUCCGUCAACCGAAAUCAGUCGCCUCGGGAUACGAGAGCUAUGAACAGAUCAUUCGGCGGCGCUUCAGGACGGAUCCGAUGCAGCUGGUCGAUCUGCGGUUCCUGAAUCUUGUUCCCACAGCAUCAGAGAGCCAUUCUACAGCUGCGCUUGAAGAUGCCGAUCGCCUGAGCGCCCACAAUACGCUCGGCUUACUGCACGACAAACAGAAAAGCAGGGUGGUGGAUGGCGCUGUUGAUCUAAACCGCGUGCAGACCAGCAUCACUUAUGUCGAGCGCAACUCUCGCAAGAGCCGCCUGCAGGAAUUGGAGCAGUGCGUCUACACCGGUAAUUUCAGGCGGCAAGAACGCCCAGUCUAUGGCAAAGGCCUGACUGAUUUUCUGACUAUCGGCAUUCAAUCGCGCCCGCACAAGCCACGGCCGAAGAUACCGCGGAAGAUCAUGGCCUGGUUUGAGGAGGACUCUCCUGCGCUCCAUGACUUGGUCCCUACGCUUGACGAACGAGGAGCGGCGAUGAGAACAAUCAUUAGCAAAUUUGCCUGCGUCACACCGGCAGUUGUCACGCGAGACCUGGAUCAAUUUGUUCUUGGCACAAGCGGCGUCAAUGCCUUCUCCGACAUGGAUCUCGAGCUGUCCAAGCCAGUGCGGAACGCGCCAUUCAUGCCCAAAGAAGCGCCCAUCGACCCAUGGCACGAGGCCCGCAUGCGGUUGAGCAUCCAAUUCCCCGACAAGAGACUGCUGCAAUAUGAUUGCGGCAAGCUGCAGGCUCUUGACAAGCUGCUGCGAAAGCUGCAGGCCGGGGGCCACCGAGCACUGAUUUUCACUCAGAUGACCAAGGUUCUCGACAUCCUGGAACAAUUCCUCAACAUCCAUGGACACAAGUAUCUCAGAUUGGAUGGCGCGACCAAGGUUGAGCAGCGACAGAUUCUGACUGAUCGAUUCAACAACGAUAACCGGAUUCUGGCGUUUAUACUUUCGACACGCUCAGGUGGAUUGGGCAUCAAUCUGACCGGAGCCGACACGGUCAUCUUCUACGAUCAAGACUGGAACCCGGCCAUGGACAAGCAGUGCCAGGAUCGAUGCCAUCGCAUCGGACAGACCAGAGACGUGCACAUCUACCGGCUCGUCAGCGAGCACACGAUCGAAGGCAACAUUCUCCGGAAGGCGAGUCAGAAGCAGAUGCUCGACGACGUGGUGAUUCAAGAAGGCUCGUUCACGACAGACUAUCUGAACAAGUUGCCAGGUCGGCAAGUCGUUUCCCUCCAGACGUCGGACGAAGACGUGGUGGGCGAUGCCAUGGACCGUGUCCUGGGUGGCGUCGAGCGGAGCGACCAGCGCACGGUCAACAGGGUCCUGGAACAGGCUGAAGACCGCGAAGAUGUCGACGCCGCGCGCAUAGCCGAGAAAGAGAUUCAAGAAGACGAGGCUGAUUUCGAGGAGAAGCCCAUCACAGCGAAUGCAUCAGGCACGUCGAGCACCCAGGUUGGCACACCAGCUCCAGGAGAGGGCACGGCGGCUCAAGGCCCUGGCAAGUCAAACCUCGGCCUGUUCUCUGAGCUCGCGGGCGACAGCGAGGACGCUGCGGAGGAAAGGGAGCUCAACGCAUGGGGCCAUCCGAUUAGGAAUAUAGACGAGUACCUCCUGGCCACGAUGAGCAAGAUGCUCGAGGGCACUGCGCUUGAGCUGCCACGGGACAAGAAGAAGAGCAAGAAGAAGGGCAAGGACACUCGGAAGCGUUGAUGUUCCGCGUUUGAUAAUUCUGUAUAACAAAUACCCUGCGAGCACGCACAGCGCGCGACGGGCAAGAGAGAUGGGAAACUCUAGCUGUAACUACCGUGCGGCACUAGUAUGAUUGCUGCUACCUCCUACUAUCACCACUGCUAUUACAUAUCAUGGAAGAGCGAGGCGCCUUUCUGUUUAAUUGAAUAAUCCAAGCGAGCCACGAGAAGCCGCUGUUCACAUCU